UCGGCUUUCUAGGCCGCGCCGGCGACGGCGCGGGGCGGCCGUGCGGCCUAUAGACAGCUCUCGCGGCGCCUCGGGGUCGAGCGUGGGGGCGCGCCGUGACCGCGAGGGUGCGCCCCGCCCGCCCGCUGCCGCGCCGCCGGCGGCCUGGCGGCGGCGGUGCCGGGCCGACCGCCGAUGAACGGGACGGCGCCCGCCGUCGUUGGCGCGGGCGCCUCCGACCCCUUCGCGGUUGCCUGGGUUCUGAUUUGCGCUUUCUUCGUGAUCUCCAUGCAGCUCGGCUUCGCCCUCCUGGAGGUCGGCUCCGUCCGGGAUGCCCACCGCCAGACGGUGUUGGCCAAGAACAUCAUGGACUCUUGCGCGUCCGCGGUCGCGUUCUGGAUCUUCUCCGAGGUGGCGGAGCCGAGCAUCGUCCGCAGGGGCGGCGUCACGCAGCCGCACCUCCUGCUCUGGCACUGGGCCUUCUGCGCGGCCUCGGUCACCAUCUGCUCCGGCGCAAUGGCCGAGCGCACCCACAUGACCGCGUACCUGACGUUCGCUGCGUGCAUGGCGGGCGUAGUCUACCCGAUCGUGGCGAACAGCGCGUGGGGCGACGGUCUGCUAUCCCAGGAGUUCCAUGGCAGGUGGCACCAGGGCUACGACUACCACGACUUCUCCGGGAGCGGCGUCGUGCACGCCCUCGGAGGCACCUCGGCCCUUGUGGGAAACCUGAUGCUGGGGCGGCGCAUCAUGCGGCCAGAGAACGGCGGGCUGCUGCCUGGCCUCGAGCAGAGGGAGCUGCGCAAGCAGCAGCAGCGGCAGAAGAACCCCAGCGGGUCCCCGCCUCGGCCGCACGGCCGCAGCAGAGAAGACCGCAAGCGUGGCGCCGGCACCCGGGCACGGACGGAGCCGGGCCACCUGGCUCCGAAGCGCGGCGACGGCGUGGACGUGGAGCUGGCGGGGCUGGCGGAGCAGGACCUGGAGGAGACGGACCUGCUGAGGCCUGCAGGCGGCUGGCCCCGCCGCUUCGAGGACGCGGGCAGGGACGAGGUGGAGUUCCGGGCGAUCACCCACAUGCAGGUCAACGGAAUGUUUGCGCUGUGGAUCGGCUGGUAUGGCUUCAACGCGGGCUCCACGCUGACCAUGGACAAGCAGGCGGCGCUGGCCGCGGGCUUGAUCGCCUGGAACACGACCGUGGCGGGGGCCUCGGGAGGCUUCGGCGCAUACCUGUACUGCUGCAUCUUCCGUAAGCACCUUGACCUGGCCUACAUGAGCAACGGCGUGCUGACGGGGCUGGUGACAGUCACGGCCUCGUGCGACGUUGCGACGCCUGGCUCCGCGGCGGCGGUCGGCUUCCUGGGAGGGAUGGCCGUCUUCCCGCUCGCAAGCCGCUGCAUGAAGGCGAUGCACCUGGACGACCCUGUCGACGCUAUAUCGCUGCACCUGGGCGGCGGCCUCUUCGGCCUGCUCGCAACGGCACUCUGCAGGCCAGACUGCGAGAUGCUGUCGAGGUCUGGCGGCGGGCAGGCGUCUCAGACCCGUUUUUGCCUUGAGGGGCACGACGCGGGGAAGCAGAUGGUGGCGCAGCUCUGGGGGGCCCUGGUGCUAGUGGCCUUCUGCGGUGCAUCCUUCGCGCUCAUCUGGGGAUUCUUCGCCGUCUCCGAGCGCACGCGCGCCCUGGAGGUGGAGCACCUGGUGGAGGCCGAGCAGCUGCUGCACCGGAUGGUCACGCCAGAGGAGCCCCACGAGAACGCAGAGGCACAGUGGGAGCGCAUCGUCGGCCGCUCGCCGCUCGCGCGCCGCAUCCUGCACCGCCACGGCCUCGCCCGCGGCUGCUUCCCCCAGGGCGUCCCGGACGACGUCUGGCGGUUGCGGCGGGAGUUGCGGCAGGCUCGCGGCGAGAAGGCGGAAACCGCACUGGAGAAGCACGGCCUGGCCGCCUGCCUCGCGCGGGCGGCCCACCAGUGUUGGCCGCUGCGCGAGCUGGCGGUGCUGCGGCUGCGCAUCUCCCCGGCCGCGGAGCUCUCGGGCCUGGGCUCGGCGGAGCUGGACGGCGGGCGCAUGUUCGGGACCCUUCGCGCCCUGGUGGCCCAGGUAGCGGCGGUGCGCGAGGCCGAGAACUACGCGCACUCGCCGCUGAAGCGCGAGGUGCGAGAUCUGACCCACCAGGUGCGCAGCCAGGAAGCGAUCCUGGCGGGCCUGAUACGGGGCGGCCGCCUAGGCAACUGGCGCAAGAGGCGCCUGCAGAGCGUCCCCGAGCGCAGCGGCGAGGGCCCCGGCGGCGGCAGCUGGGAGCCCACCGCCGAACGCCAGGGCGGCUACCAGCAGGCAGCCCUCGCGGAUAGGGAGCUGCCCCCCGUGGAGGGCCCCAGCGCGGGGGCCGGCGCGGACCGCCCGCCGUCAUCGCACUCCUCCGACCUGCGGGAGCCGCCGGCGUACGACCAGUUCGCGCCCGCCCUCAUCGGGCGCACGCACUCCGAGUCCAGCCAGAGCACCGACCAGACACAGCGGGGGAGCGCCAUCUCCUUCAACUCGGCCUCGGACGCCACGCCCCCGCCCAGCGGCCUGGGCAUCCAGCGCUCCUCGCGGUCGCAGAGGCGCCACGGGGCGUCCUCACCGCGGGCGCAGGACGCCGUGACGCAGGAGCUGCUCAUGAGCGUGCUGCAGGCGCAGACCCACCUGCUCUCCGCGCUCGGCUCCGCGGCCCACAGCGGCAUCAGCACGCCGCAGGCCGGCCUGGUGCCCCACAGGGCCGCUGCCGCCCCCCCGUAUAAUAUCCGGCCCGCGCUCGACAACCGGCGGCUGAUUGAGGCGCUGCAGGCUGCCAGCCUGGACGAGCGCCUCUCGAGCGCAUCUCAGUCGACGGCAAGCCUCUCCGAGAGGACCCCGCCCGCCAGACGGUGACCCUGGUCGGGCAGACCAGAGGCCAUAGGCUGCCCGCUAUAGUGGCGGCGCCAUCCGGAGCUCGAGCCGGCUGGGUCGCCUGAUCCUUCUCGCUGCUGGCGGCGCCGUCGCCGCCGCCGCGCCUGCCACGGUUUCCCACUUGAAGCCGCCCGGGACGGGGAUUGUGACAACAGGAACACGAUGGCAUCCUUGAGCGCGCGGGGGUCCGAGGGUGCAGCGAUCUCGUCCCUCCGCAUUCGUAUUUAGCCUGCUCCUUGAACUGUGAGCCGCGCUCGCUCAGCGACCAGCGGCCUGCAAUAUCGCGCUGCAAUUCUACCUCGAAGGCCGCCAGGGCGAGACCUAUUCCUCAGGAACGCGCCAGCUCUCUGUAGUGCCGACAUGAGUUCCUAGGGCCGCCGCCUUUGUUCAAUCCCGUUUCUCCCGUUAUCUCUUCCGUCUCCCCGAUCCUUCUCCUCCCCACCAUCAGAGACAAACCGCAGCUGGUCAGGCUGGAUUUCCUGCCACUACGGUCUCCGCCCGACCACUGCCCCCCCGCGCAUGGCGUGGAGCGCGCGGCGUGAUGGGGGGUUGGAUGGGAGGGGUCUCCUGGGGGAGGCGCGACGUGGGAGGCCUGCUGGACCGCGCCCCUGGCCACAGCGCGAUGGGGUGGAGCUCCGCGCUGGUGGUCGUUCCGGGGUGCAGUCCGCUCUUGCUGGGCCGCAUUUGAAGAAUUGUUCUCUGUCACGGCUCAAAGUACACGCACGAGACCCAUCCGCAUUGUACAAUGCCUCAAGAGAGGCUACGACAUGUUCACUGCGUGGUCCUUGAACGGUUUCACAUAUAGAGUUGGACCGUGCUUGCCCCGCUCGGAUGCAACUGGCACCUCUUCACUGCUACAGGAACCCUCGUGUUCGAACGCCACCCUCCCGCUGCUUCGAGCAGGAGUGUCGGUUGCAUCCAGCCUGGCGCCUAACCGCGGUCAUCGUCCAGAGGACGACGCGUCCGCGCGAGCCCUAGCUGGAGGCUGGGUGAGUGCCGUGUGCUUUCGCGGAACCGUUGUACCAAAAACAAAACAUUCGGACAAAUUCCAGCUGGAGGCUAUACGCACGUGAGCGCCGCGUGGCUUCGCGGCCGGAAGAGGCAGGAGCGCUGGUUUAGCGAGGUCACAAGAUGUCGAAUGCAGGUUGGGACUCUCCUGCCCAAGCCUGAGGUUGGGCCAUUCCUGCCCGAGCCUGUGUUGACUGCCUGCCACAGCCACUACGCAUUGGCCAAGUCUGGUACCGUAAUCCUCACCAUCAUGCUCAACAUCACUAGCCAGCUUGUUUUUUCGAGGAGGGGCGCUCGAUGUGAAGCACCUGUCUCCCUCGAGUACGCCGAGGGGUGUACCGCGCUCUGCCGUACAAGCGCCUGUGCUCCUUGGUCGCCUUCCUCUGGAUCCGUAAGUCUGGCUUGCGCAGGGAUGCGCCACCCUCCUGAAGAUUGCCGCCUUUAGUUUUUUCUAAGUUGCUGUCUGUUUCAGCCCCAUGUAUUAUCUGAUCGUCCCAAUUCUCAUUCCCGCCCUCUCUUCUCCUCUUGCUCUCCCCCCCUCGACUUCCCUUCUAGGUCACUCGUGGGGGCGCGAACGUUGCCCCCGCGCGCUUCGUGCCUGCUGGUCCACAGUGCUGUCCUUCUCGAGGGGGCGGCACGAAGGCGCGAAGACGGCCAAGGCUCCGCCCUUCGCGCAGCGCGGAGCGCGGCGCGAGGUGACCAGAAUAAUCGCCCGCUCCGCGCUGCCGCCAGCGAGCUCAGUUCCUCUGUGAUCGAAGGUCCCCGGCUGCCCGUCGCGCGGAGGCUUUGGUGCGAUCGGACGCCCCCGGCUGCCCUCUGCGGUCGACUGGGCCUCUGGCGCAAGGGGUGGAGCUCCGGCGCCAGGGGGGGCGUGCCAUGGCAGGGGAGCGAGGGACUUGGAGGCUCGAGGAUCGGAGGUUCUGCUGGACCCGAC